AUGGUCGACAUAGACACAUAUUACGUCCCGAUUUUUUUACACACAGCCAUGUGCGAAAUAACAUACAUGACAUUCCUGUGCGCAGUCGAUGUCUUGUAUUUUACAUCUGUUCAAUAUUACUGCGGCCUGAUCGCAGCUCUGAGGUACAACUUGGAAAAUGCGUGCAAUUUGAAAGAUUUCGACGAUCUAUUAAAGAACGUCACGAAGAACGGUAAAUCUUACUCCAUUGUUGCUUACAGCAUUCAAAGACACACUGAAGCGAUACAAUUUAUUGAUAUCCUGGAGUCAUUGUACAGGCUACCUCUUCUCGUCCAUAUGGGCUGUGUUAUGUUGAUUAUAAGUAUCGUAGGAUUCCAGAUGAUUACAAAUAUCGAAGACAUGAACCGUGCAUCGCAAUAUUUUAUUUAUCUUAAUGGGAUUCUUCUUAAUACGUUUUUUGAGAACUGGCAAGGUCAGAGAAUCAUAGAUUCCAACGAAAUGCUGUAUCAAUCCAUAUAUAAGAUGAAGUGGUAUGAAAUGCCGAAUGCAGCGAAAAAGCUAGUAAUCUUGAUGAUGAUGAGAUGCUUAAAACCGUCGCAGUUAACGGCCGGCAAGAUAAUCGUGGUUUCGUACGAGAAUUUCAGCGCGGUAAUACGAAUGUCCUCGUCAUAUUUUAUGCUGCUGCGAUCUAUGCAAACUAUGUAAAAUAUUUUUAGAAAAUUCGCAAUUAUCGAAUUUCAUAGGUAGAUGAAUUAGUAGAAAACAAAUAUCCACCGAUCACUUGAUUCGUAUAUUCUAGGUGAAUUUCAUAAUUCAUUUCAUGAAAAAAUUUGAGAAAAAAAGUUGUAUAAAUAACAUUUGACUUGCAAGUAAUCUUUUGCAGUUAGUUCCUGCGCGCGCCAUAUGGAAAAAUUCUUAUAAAAAAUUUGACAAUGCCAUCUUCUAAUUGAUCGAAAUUAUACAUACGUGUGUAUGUGUGUGCGUGCGUGUGCGUGUAUGUGUGCGUACAUAAUCUAACAAUACACUCAAUUAAUUUAAAAAAACUGGACUUCUGCCAACAGUGAAAAAAACAUGUAGGCUACUGACUGUUUUCGAUCACUUAUGCACAUCACCACAUCACUAUCAUGAAAUAUACACUUACGCAGUAAUCUUUAUUUGUGUUUUUCGGAGUACAAAGCAACUUUCGAUUGCUUUACAAUCUCAUCUCUCUCUAUCUCUAUUGCGCUCUCUCUCUCUCUCUUUCCCCAUUCUUUCCUUACAUCCACAUCAAUUUUCUCAAAUGUUUUUUUCUACUUCCAUCCUUAUCCAAAAUCUAUCGUAAAAUAAAUGAUUUUAUGUAUGAAGUUUUAUAGUGAGAAUGACCACAGGUACCUUUCAUAUGAAGGUACAUUUCUCU